UUUUUUUUUUUUUUUGAGACGGAGUCUCGCUCUGUCGCCCAGGCUGGAGUGUAGUGGCGCAAUCUCGGCUGACUGCAAACUCCGCCUCCCGGGUUCACGCCAUUCUCCUGCCUCAGCCUCCCGAGUAGUUGGGACUACAGACGCCCGCCACCACACCCGGCUAAUUUUUUGUAUUUUCAGUAGAGACAGGGUUUCACCGUGUUAGCCAGGAGGGUCUUGAUCUCCUGACCUCGUGAUCCACCUGCCUCGGUCUCCCAAAGUGUUGGGAUUACAGGCGUGAGCCACUGUGCCCAGCCCAUGGAACACCAUUUUUACCAGAAAAAAACUACUGACAGACAAACCAGGGUUAUUCAGACUUAAGUACAUGGCAGAAAUUCUGUCAAAACUGUAACAAAGUGAGAUUGUCACUUCAAGUAAAACAACUGACAGUUUGUGUUACCAAUGAUAAAAUUCUAGCUUUCAAGUGAAAACUAGAAUUUUGGAAAAUCCUAUCUGCCACUGUGAGCUUGACAGCUUCCCAAUACUUGAAGACUUUUCUGAGUAAAUAGGAAGACAUUAAGGAAAGUGAUUGUUUGAUACUGUAUAAUGAAAUAUGUCAACAUUAGGAAGAACUGUAUAACACAGUGAACCACUAAAAUUUCCGAAGGACUUAUGCUUAAUGUUUAAAAAAACAGGCAUGUAUUCAACAUCCAUUCAAAGUGUAAGGCACAGCAUUGGAUAUUAAUGUAACAGUGUAAAAAAAGUACAUUCAUAUAGUUUCAAAUUCCACUUUGUAACUAACCUUUAAAAAGCUACCAUUUGUCAAACUUUGAUGUGAUAUCAAAGAAUAUCCAUGAUUAUCUUUAAAAAGCUAUUAAAAUAUUCUUCUUUCCAACUUCAUAUGACUGUGAGGUGGGAUUUUCUUCAUCUUAAACCAAAAUGAAACAGUGCAGCAGCUUAAAUGCAGAGACAGACUUAAGAAUCCAGUUACCUUCUAUUAUGUCACACAUUAGUUUUGCAAAAAUGCGAAACAAUGCCACUCCUAGGAUAACUGCUAUCAAAACCAGGAAAUAAGUGCUGAUGAUGAUGUGGAAAAAUUGGAAUCCUUAUGUACUGCCAAUGGGAAUGUAAAAAUGGUACAGCCACUGAAGAAAACAGUAUGGUUUCAAAAACUAAACAUAGUACUAUCCUAUGACUCAGCAAUUUUCACUUCUAGGUACAUACAGUAUCCCAAAGAGUUAAAAGCAGGGAUUCAAACAGACAUGUGCACAUUAAUGAUCAUAGUAGUAGUAUUCACAAUAGCCAAAAGGUGGAAGCAACCCAAAUGUCCAGUGACAAAUGGAUAAACAAAAUGUGGUAUAUACAUACAAUGAAAUAUUAUUCAGUUUUAAAAAGGAAAUCCCGACACAUGCUUCAACACGAAUAAACCUUAAAAACGCUAUACUAAAUAAACCAGACGCAAAAGGACAAAUAUUGUCUAAUUCCACUUAUAUAAGGGACCUGAAAUAGUCAAAUUCAUAGAGAAAAAAUAAUGGUUAACCAGGGAUUGGGGGAGGAAGUAAUGGGCAGUUAUUGUGUAAUAGGUACAGGGUUUCAGUUUGGGAUGAUGACAAGUUCUGGAAAUGGACAGUGGUGUUGGCUGUACCUCUCAAUUGUACACUUUAAAUUGUACACUUAAAAAUUAUCAAAAUGGUAAAUUGUGUUAUAUCUUACCACAAUUUUAAAAAAAGGAAAAAACCCCACAAUGUUAAUCUUCUCACUGAUGGCGGGGGGAUUGGUUUGGAAAAUAGUUAUUUUUCAUUAAAAUCAUUAUUUAUGCACGUAGCCUAUUUAUUAGUUUUGUAAAUUAACAACUACUUUAAAUUUUUUCCAGCUUUAAUGUCUAAUAUGGUAAAUAUAGACAGAUAUACCAUACAAACAGAAGCUCUUAGGUCCACGGUAAUUUUUGAAAGGUAAAGGGGUCCUGAGAAUAAAAAGUUUGAGAACUGCUCUUUUUUUUUUGAGACGGAGUCUCGCUCUGUCGCCCAGGCUAGAGUACAGUGGCGCGAUCUCGGCUCACUGUAAGCUUCGCCUCACGAGUUCACGCCAUUCUCCUGCCUCAGCCUCCCGAGUAGCUGGGACUACAGGCGCCCGCCACCACGCCCGGCUAAUUUUUUGUAUUUUUUAGUAAAGACGGGGUUUCACCGUGUUAGCCAGGAUGGUCUCGAUCUCCUGACCUCGUGAUCCGCCCGCCUGGGCCUCCCAAAGUGCUGGGAUUACAGGCGUGAGCCACAGCGCCCGGCCGAGAAUUGCUGUUAUAUGAAGAUUUAUUCCCUCUUCUCACACCUGCAUUAUGUGAAGUCUUCAUUUCUUGGUAUAACUUCAUUUGACAGCUAUAUCGAUUGCAGCCUGGAGACUAGCAAAAAACGACAGGCUGAAAUACGGUCACCAAUCACCACAUUAACUCUUUGUAAUUACCACUGUCGCCUGCCUGCUCCCUAACUCUACGGACUGAGCAACACAAAGCUCCAUCCACACAGACGAGUGGCAAUGUGCAAAAGGGAAUUGUAGAAAGCUUAAAUGCUGACAUGUUACAAAGUAGUUUUGUUGAUAGCCAGCAAGAAGCACACAUUUUCUUUAUUCUGUUGAAUCUUCAUUUGGAUUUACAGUUCUGGGCAGAUUUGGAAACGGGGAUGGUGGCAGCAUUGUUUCCGAAAACCAGCGCAUCCGUGCAAAGAAUUUAAUUCCCUCACCAUCUUGCUACUGGUCUGUUGCAGUGGGGUGUGGUUAGAGGGCUAAGAAGCAAUCCAAAACAGCAGCUCAGGCUGCCCAAAGCCGUGUCCAAGCGAUCAUUUUCUCCAUUUUGGGCCAAGUCAAUUUGCACCGGCAAGAGGCAGAAUGUUUGUUUUAUGGGAAGGAGGAAAAUAAAAAAGGAAGUUAGAGAGCAUGGACGGAAAUAAGCAACACCACCAAAGAGGUUUCAUCUCGGGUGGAUGUUAAACGAUUGGAAUGCUAAUAAUGGGCGCGAGGAGCAAACACAAUUGUUCUGAGUCCACAGCUGCGACACUUUUAAUGACAGGAAAAGUGUUUAAGCUUCUAAAAUGUCAUCUAUCAAGCACCUGGUUUAUGCAGUUAUUCGUUUCUUACGGGAACAAAGUCAGAUGGACACUUACACCUCGGAUGAACAAGAAAGUUUGGAAGUUGCGAUUCAGUGCUUGGAGACAGUUUUUAAGAUCAGCCCAGAAGAUACACACCUAGCAGUUUCACAGCCUUUGACAGAAAUGUUUACCAAUUCCUUCUGUAAGAAUGACGUUCUGCCCCUUUCAAACUCAGUGCCUGAAGAUGUGGGAAAAGCUGACCAAUUAAAAGAUGAAGGCAAUAACCACAUGAAAGAAGAAAAUUAUGCUGCUGCAGUGGAUUGUUACACACAGGCAAUAGAAUUGGAUCCCAAUAAUGCAGUUUACUAUUGCAACAGGGCUGCUGCUCAGAGCAAAUUAGGUCACUAUACAGAUGCGAUAAAGGAUUGUGAAAAAGCAAUAGCAAUUGAUUCAAAGUACAGCAAGGCCUAUGGGAGAAUGGGGCUGGCCCUCACUGCCUUGAAUAAAUUUGAAGAAGCAGUUACAAGUUAUCAAAAGGCAUUAGAUCUUGACCCUGAAAAUGAUUCCUAUAAGUCAAAUCUGAAAAUAGCAGAACAGAAGUUAAGAGAGGUAUCCAGUCCUACAGGAACUGGACUGAGCUUUGACAUGGCUAGCUUGAUAAAUAAUCCAGCCUUUAUUAGUAUGGCGGCAAGUUUAAUGCAGAACCCUCAAGUUCAACAGCUAAUGUCAGGAAUGAUGACAAAUGCCAUUGGGGGACCUGCUGCUGGAGUUGGGGGCCUAACUGACCUGUCAAGCCUCAUCCAAGCGGGACAGCAGUUUGCUCAGCAGAUACAGCAACAAAAUCCUGAACUUAUAGAGCAACUGAGAAAUCACAUCCGGAGCAGAUCAUUCAGCAGCAGCGCUGAAGAGCAUUCCUGAUUUAACCAGGGGCUCAAGCCCAAGAUACAAAUGGUUUAUGGCUAUGAAUGAAGUAUUUGUUGUAGAUAGUACCCCCUCCCUCCUUCAAAAAACCAAACACCAUAUCUGAUGUGUGAAAAUAAUGGAGGAAAACCUCUUGUGUAUAUUCUUAAAGAAUAAAUCUGUUUAGACAAUAGGUUUAUCACAAACAAACUCAAAA